AUGCUGCCGUCCUGUUCCGGGUCUACCCUGUGUCGCCUGCUGAAGGACAUGGGUUUCGAGAAACAGAAACGGAAUCGCAACUCCUUCCUGAUUGAGAGAGAGGACAUCGUCGAGCGGAGGCGGCGGUAUUUGAGGGCAAUAAGAAAGCACAGAGCCCAGAACCGCAAGGUCUACUUCAAGGACGAGACUUGGGUGAACGCCGGUAGUGACACUGGCUUCGUGUCCGGCUGCUUGGACCUGUUGCGUGGGAAGAAGAAGGGGGACUACUACGAUGAAAUUGACUCGAACAGGUUCAAAUCGUGGUUUCUUCAUCUGCUGGACCACAUCGAGCCUAACAGCGUAAUUGUUAUAGACAACGCCCCAUACCACAGCAGAAAGGCUGAAGCUGUUCCCACAACUGCAACAAAGAAGGGCGAGAUCCAGCAGUGGCUCUCUUCCAAGAACCUAGACUGGACUGCCACAAUGAAGAAAAAAGACCUUCUGAGCAUCGUGGCAACGGUGAAGGAUCGCUACACAAAGUACAAAGUUGACGUCAUGGCUACGGACGCCGGACACACAGUGUCGAGGCUCCCACCGUACCAUUGCAAACUAAAUCCCAUAGAGUUGAUAUGGGCACGGGUCAAGCAGGAGGUCGCCUCUAAGAACAUCACACUCAAGCCCAAUGACGCCGAGCGGCUCUUGAGGGAAGCAGUGGACAACGUAACAGCUGUCCAUUGGCAUGACUGUGUAGAGCAUGUGAAAAAAAUGGAGGCGAAGUUUCGAGAAUGUGAUGUCCCAGAGUCGAACCUCGAGCCAGUCAUCAUACCCCUCGAUGCAAGCGACACGGAGGAGGAGAGUGGAUACGACGACGAAACUGACGACGAGGAUGAGGGUGAAGAGAUCUCCGGUGUUCAGCCUUUAGAAUGGAAUUGA